AUUGGCUUUUCUUCUUCAACUUGAGGGAUUGCACAAUCAAACGGAGUAUUCGAAAUCUCCUUUUCCGUUUAGAUAGAACGACGAUGCGUAAAUGAAAUAUGAGCGGAUUGAUUUGGGGAUGGCGAAUCGAGGUGGGGUUGAGAUUGAAUGGCUGAGAACAGUGUGGACUCCGGAUAUGGACUGAUAUUUCGUGGACCUGAUGUUGGAGCAGGUCGGGAAAUGGAACGGCGCCGAUCAUCACACCUUCAGCAAGCAAGCCUGGAAUCACAUGGAUUGUUCCGUUUGACCCACACGGAAGUUGCUGCUGAAACUCAAUCCAGGUAUUCUCUAUUACUCUAUGGAGCAUCCCAGUGGAGACGAUGACCUUUGCUCAACCACAACUGCCGCAAGUCAAUACCCUCUUUCUAUUGCCAAAAUGGUAAAAUUCUAAUGUUGCACUCCAUAUUGAUUCUCUGAAUUAUUGUUUAGCCCUUAAUUAGAGGUUGAAUUCACAUCAUCCUAUGAUUAUUUUUGAAUUAUUUGAUGCCCAUGUCCGUUGAUUACAUUUUAUAUUUUCUUAGGAAUGGAUUAACACCAACACUUUUAAAUGUGCCUAUUUUUUGAGUGUUUUACACAAUUAAUAGUUAUAUUUUUGGAAUAUGUGAAUUCGUGAGUUGUAGAUUUGUUUGAUUAAUUAUUUAUCAGCCCUAAGAUUGUUUUUCAUUUUUCUCCAGUUUCAGUUGGCAUUAGAUUAUCAAAGAAAUUUGUCUCUGAGUUCAUAGCCCUCAGAAAAAUCAAAGUUGAAUCCAAAUGUUAAGAUAAGUAGGCAAGUAUCUAGAUUAAAUUUUAAAAAGAUUG